CGACACGGAACAGCCGCCGGAGCUCCGAGAAGCUAGCUUAAUGCACUGCGCGCUUCCGCUCCACUCCUUCACAAUAAAACGUCCCAACAGUAGCAGCAGGAGAAGACAGGGUUUAACACGUAUUUUUAUCGUCUCUGGCACUUUAACUUUAAUAUCGUAAAAAUUAUUCGUUGAUCUUACGCGCUCUCACUUCCUCCCAUUGAGUUGAAAUUAAGCCAGAAUCAUUUGCGUACGUGCGCCGCCAUCUUGUCCCAGUGACGUCGGGAGGAGCCAGAAUCUGUGUGUUGACCUGCUGCAACAAGGCCCCGCCCACACACUCGUCUGACCAAUCACACGCCAGUCUCUGCUGUCAAUCAGGACGUUUUUAUACUUAUCAGGAACGUGAACAAACAUCGUUGUGAUAAGAAGUUGCUAACGUUACAGAAACCAUCAACCUUUCAGUUCGGUCCAUGUCUCAUCUGUUAACAUGGAGGAGGAGAGAUUAAUGACCUGUACUGCAGCCAGCCACCAGGGGGCAAUCCAGAGGUUUUGGCUUCAGCUUUGUGAGCUGUAGUGUCGACUUACGUAUUUAUUCAGCUGUGCACUAAAUUAUAAACAAAACUACUGACGUGAGACACUUUUAUGUUUCUGUGAAAAUAUCGUUGAUGUGAAAAACUUCAAAUCUUUCAUUUUGAUUUUCUUCACAAAUUCUUGGAACAAAACACUGAAGGACACAUUGAAAUGUUUCCUUUCUAUUUGUCUCAAUAAUAUCCUCAAAUAUAAAAAUGCUCUAUAAAUUAUUAUUAUUGUUAUUAUAUUAAGUAUCAAAUCAUAUUCAAGUCUCUUUACUUCCUGAAAAGUUAAGAUAUUUUCUAUCUAUUAUCAGCAUGUCUUUAGUGAGAGGACCUUUAUUUUGUUGGCUGUGUGAACAUCCGGUCCGCGCGGCUCUGUGUCAGUAUCUCGGCCUCUGAGCUGCAGAGAAACAAUGAAGACUGACGGAGCGUCACUAACCAGCUGGUUUAACAACACACACACACACAGGUUAACACACACACACACUGGUUAACACACACAAACUGGUUAACCAGCACGUUAAACAACACAAACACUGGUUUACACGCUAGUUAACGUGUUUAACUAGUUGUCAGACGCAGUUUAUCUUCGUUGGAUCGAUAACGUGAUGUUGUUCAGUGUGUUCGCUCACAGCUGAGCUCUGCUCGAUGCUAACUGUGUGUGUCUGUGUGUGUGGAGGGUGUGUGUGCGUCUGUGUAGGGUGUGUACGGUGUUUGAGUGUGUGCUGUGUUGUUUGUGUGCUAUGUGUGUACGUCCGGUGUGUGUGUGUGUAUGGUUUGUAUGCAUGUGUUUGAUUGUUUGUGUGCGUUGUGUUGUGUGUGUGUUUGUUUCUCUGUGUUUGUGUGUAUGGUUUGUGUGCGUUGUGUUGUGUGUGUGUUUGUUUCUCUGUGUUGUGUGUCACAGUCUAAUCUCAGUUAAUCAUUUAUUCUCUAACAGGAUCAAUCUGGUGUUUGUCAUUAAAGUGAAUCUGCUUCAACUCUUCAAUGUGUUUUUUAAAAUAAAUGUGCGAGGUGUAUGCAGUGUGACACCAAGUUCGACUUCAUCAGAAGAAAGCAUCACUGCCGGCGCUGCGGCCGCUGCUUCUGUGAUAAGUGCUGCAGCAGGAAGGUGGCGCUGCCCCGCAUGUGCUUCGUGGACCCGGUGCGACAGUGUGCUGAGUGCAGCCUGGUGUCGCAGAAGGAGAUGGAGUUCUUCGACAAGCAGCUCAAAGUUCUCCUGGGAGGAGGAACUUUCCUCGUGACUCAGGGGACGUCAGAGAAGUCUGAGACGAUGACGUGUCGCCUCUCCAACAACCACAGGUAUCUGUUCCUGGACGGUGAAAGCCACUUCGAGGUGGAGAUGUCCCGGAUGUCCACCAUGCAGAUCCUGACUGACGGGACGAGUCCAGGAGAGAAUGACAUUCACACUUACACCAGUCUGCUGGACAGUCACUGUGUAUCUGAAGGAGGGACGUCUCGGGCCAGCGGCAUGCUGCUCCACUACAAGCCGAUGGGCUCCCAGGACUCCCAGCAGCUCCGCAUGGAGGCAGCGGACGACAAGAAGGUGGCCGCGCUGUGGUUAGCUGCAAUGCACAAGGCGGCCAAGCUGCUGUACGAAGCUCGGGACCAGUGACGUGCAGCGCGCCUGCGGGUCGCACCACCCAGCACACACCCAAGUGUUCUGUCCCCGUCUCACCGGGGGUUCGAUAUCUUUUGGAUUUGUAUCAACGCCGGUUCUGCUUCUGCUUCUCCGUCUGAUUCCUCCUCGGUUCUUAUUAUCAUGCUAAUCUUUUCGACAGAGACAUGUUGAUAGAGAAAAAACAAACUGUAUUACCUCUUUGACCAGUGCAUCAUGUUUACCACACGUAGGCUGAUUGUUCUACAUUUAGCGUUAUGAUUUAUGAUUUAUGAUUUCGUGCUUUGCCCGGUCUGGAACAGGAGAUUCUUCUAUGGGACUUUCCUGGUUUAAUACAAAUGAAGUAACACAUGAAUCAGGGGAAUCGCAGCAUUAACGUUUCAACUGAAAAGUGUAGUCACUACUUUCUUUUUCCAAGUUAAACUUUGACGUCUUAUUAUUUCAUAAAUCCGUCUCUCACCACGUCAGAGAGUUGUUUCACUUUAUAUGCUGCUGUUUAUUAUAAUGUGUGUGUGAAGGAGGAUUUGAUUUCCUGGUGGAAGUGAUGAGACACUUCCUGGAUCCCUGUGGAGACGUUUUGGGUUCUUCUUUAUUUUUUGCUUAAGGGACCUUCAGCAGAUCUUCCAGAUUACACCUGGUCGCCCGCAGGUUAAAGGACAGAUCCACCUUAAAUCCCUUUAAUGAGGAGAGGAGAGCAGCCAAGUGUGACAGGACUUACAGCACAUACAGGAAGUCGUGAAAGGCAUUCUGGGAAAUGUAGUUUACAAAAGGACGUCACAGAUUCAUUCACUUUCUAUAAGAGCGACGUCAGGCGGUGGAUCUUUCCUUUAAUCGUCCGUUAUAGAUUUAGAUUAUUAAAAUGUUCCGGUGACA